UGAGGAUGUAAGGCACAUCCUCUACACCACAAUCGCGAACAUUGGAAAAGAUAUACCACAGCUCUUGGUCAUUGAACCGCUAAUCGUGCAUCAUGGCUCCGACAUCAAAACAAUUUAACGCCACUACAAGUAGUCAACGCCUGUUUCGAGAGAACCAUGUAAAGAAGCAGGCAACGCGUCGACGAGCCCAACGCGAUGGACCUCUCCGACUUCAACUGCGAUUCCUCACCGCGACUGAUCCGUCGCAUUUCAGGAAUGACGAGACGAGACGUAGCGUGCGUUCUCACGCAAUGUCAUAUCACCGGAAUAAACCACGAAAAGAAGCUAGGCUACCUCAGGAAUGCUCCGAGGUACCAGCCACAAAAGAAUUUGCUGCCUUAGGACAACGCGUCGGGCGCAAUGGCCGUGAUCGUGAAGAUGCACCUGGGAAACUGGAAGUUAGCCUGCAGCAGCAGCACGACGGAAAUGAAACGAACCCAAUUAUACGUCGGCAUGCUCACGACAGCAUCACACUUGAACAUAUGCCACAAUCUAACCGACAGCUGUCCGCCACACGCGCCCUGCUGACGCUGACUAGCCCCAAGGCCAAUUCAGACGACUGUGACUCUGUUGAGAGUCAAGAAGAGCGCAUACUACGUCUUUUCACGGCCAAAGUGACUACAAUGUGCCAGAUUGGAGAUGGUGUUGAUCCUUUUCGUGUGCUACCGAGCUUCAGAAAUCCGGAGGUCAACUCACUUUUCCUCAAGCGUCAUUGCAUUCAGACAUUUGCAAGUGAUUCGUUCCACGUCAAAUGGCUCCCUGUCAUGCUUUCUGAUCGCGAAGUUAUGCUUAGUUCUGCAAUCCUAGCUUCCGUUUGGCUAGACAUACACGCAAAUAUUCCAGGCGAAAGCAAGCAAACCACCAUGCUCAAGGACGAGAUCAUCGGUAUGAUUAAGCAGCGGCUGCUACAGAACAGCACUCCUUCGUCAGAUUCAACAAUCAUGGUCGUGCUUCACUUACUCAUGGGUGAGAUAUCAGGCUCCAAUGAAAAGGCGCUUCGUGUACACGAGCGGGGCAUUGCAUAUCUACUUCAGCAUCGUGGUGGGCUACAAUCUUUGGGCAACGAAAUCUUGGCAGAGACAUGCACUGCGGUCUGCUAUCACGGUGAUUUGAUCUGCGAAGCCGAACCUCUACCUGAUCUCGCCACUGAUCUACCAGUCGUAAACCCGGCAACUAUUGACGGUGUUGAAAUACCUGAGUCUCCUCUAUUUUGCCCUAGAACAGACUUUACGACGAUUGCUAGCGACUUGCAUUGCUCGACUUCGACGCGUGACUUACUUCGAGACAUGCGGGACUUGACCGAUCUCUUCAUUUCCCAAGAAGCAGCAUCUGAGACUGUUCGCGAUACUUGCACGCCAGAUGCGGCCUUCUGGGAACAGCGCGACGCUGAGUACUGCAGUAGAGUCACUACAAUACGCAGGCGCUUGACUAGUCUCUCCUCAGCACAUGUUCCAGACCUCCCCACUUCCAAUGACUGGAUUUUCGAGGCCUGCCGUAUUACCGCGCUCAUCUAUACCGCUUCCAUCAUAUCACAUCUACCAUUCUCUACUGUUGCCGACCCAUGCCGAAACCCGCUUGUGGCAGAGUCGGAAGCGUUCAACUGUCUGGGAUCCGGCGCGAGCCAUCUCAACACACACUUGAGCGAAGCAUUGUUCAAAACACUAAGCCGUACUGCUGUUGCGGAUGUAUGGGAUAAGAUGUCUGGUGUUUUGUACUGGGUAAGUACCGUUGGCGCUGCAGCAGCUCGUUCGUAUGCUGGAGAUGAUAUAAAUGCUAGAUGGGUCCGACGGUAUCUCGUGAUUUACUCGACACGCACAAUGGUCAAGCUGGUAUUUGAUCAUGCAAAGCCCAUCGUGGUGUCACAGAAGAAACUCCUCAAGGUACAGCAGCUCAUCAGCAGACACAAUGGUCGUGACGUGGAGAAGGUCACUUAGAUCUCACCGCCAGUCAUAAGGCUGAGGAAUCGUCGGUAUACUUGGCUCUCCGAUAACGUUGAUGUCCUUUCAACAUGAGACAGAAUGACUAGUGCAUAAACGCAAGGGUCGCAGUCAGCACUGGGGCAAUUGUAGCGCUUAUUUUUUAUUUUUUUAUUUAGCCUAGGCAUGAGGUCCUCCUAAUAAUGUGCUCGAAUAUUGAUAAUCUCAUAAAGAAAAUAGGGCUGUACGAUAGGCUUUAUCAAAUUACAGUUGUUGAGCAAAAUGAUGUUAUCUUAUACGUCC